UGAUAAAAAUCUGCCGCAGUGCUCGAGUCAUCUGCCAGCCAACCAGUAAUCGGAGUUGAUUUCAGAAAAGCAAAGUUAGAAUAAAGUAUUCUUUUUUGCUUCCUUCCAUAUGCCAAGCAAAAGAAAAAUUAGUUGCUUACCUUGUCGAAUCAAAAAGGUAAAAUGCGAUGGAGAUAAGCCCUGUCAACGUUGUAUUUUAAAAAAGGCAGAUUGCAUCUACCAAAGACCCGGAGCAGUGGGGAGACCCCCUAAAAAUGCUGUUGUCAAUAAACUGGUUCUUACAAAAAGCAACCAAACCAACUUUUGCAGAGAAUUCAUUAUCGAAAAUGUUUCAAUCUCGCCUGUUUUGACUUGUUCACGCUAUUUACGAGAUUCAAAAUCAAUUGAUCUUUCCCAUUAUUUAGACAACAUCUUUUGUGCUCAUUUUAAAAGGGCUGCGACCAUUGAUCCUUCUAUUCAACAACUCGAGUAUUCAAAUGUAUCUCCAAAGAUCCAAGUUUAUGACAUGACUCACUAUUAUACUUGGAUGGGUGCAGACACAGCCAACAUUCUCAUGCGGCGCAUGUCCCGAAUGAAGUUAACCUAUUAUACAGAGCUCGAAUUCACAACAACGGCCAUGGCAUACGACUCCACGGCAAGUUUCUUUGAAAGUCCGGCUGAUAACAGCUUGGUGAUUAAUCCACUCAACUCGCUGCCACCACAGCAGGCAGUUCGACUCAUCGAAAGUUUCUUUUGUAUUCACUCUCAUUGUUGCAUGUUUAGUAAGACGAUGCUUUUACAAUCAUAUUGGACCGAUACAGCAGACCCAUUAUUGCUAAGCGUCAUUUACGGUACAACUCUCUUUAAAAGUCAAUUACUCGACGGAAAACCACUGAUACUAUGGGACGCACUGAAUAAAAAGAAGCGGAAUCCGUUCUUGGAUUAUGCGUAUUUGCUUCUUUCAAAAUAUACAGCUGAAGCUACCGUCAGUCGCUACCAGGCCUUAGUUUUGUUAGCAUUGUUUGAGGUCACAUUUGGUUUUCCGAAAAGAGGAAUUUCUCUGUUUCAUGUCUCCAAUUUGAUUGCUGCAAGACUGGGUCUAUUUGAUAAUUCAAUGCCUGCGGGUCUAACUGAAGUAGAGAAGGAAUUACUAUUGAUGACUUUCUGGUCCGCUUAUCAAUGUACAAUUCGUGGCUGUGUAGAAUUGGAAAAAAUUCCCCGUGAAGCUUUGGCUCGUCAUCAGCAUCCAUACCCCCCAGUAAAUAUCAAAAAAUCAAAAUCAUAUCAAUACGACAGCGAAAACAACAAUACUAAGCCGGUUAAAACGUAUUAUUACAUGAUUGAAACAUUUUACAUCAAAUCUGUCAUUUCAAGGUUCAGCUGCAAGUUAAUACUUCAACUACCACAGCAUAAUAAAGAUGCGAUAGACAAAGACACACGACCCUCCAACAAGAAAUGGUUCAACACAAAAGCUGGCAUCGAUGCCAUCCUACAGGAAUUUAAGGAAUUCAAUCAGAAAAACCAUCACACUUUCUCUAUAUUACAAGAUUAUACCCUAGAAAUGUAUAGGUUAUUUUACACAAUCUGCCUUGGAUUUAAGAGAACAAUGCUUGACAACAAGAAUUUCACGCUGCAUCAACGCCAUAUACCCGAACCACUGGAUUUAACUGAUGUGGAAAACAUACUUGCUAUCAGCCACGUGGUGCCGGAUGCAAUCACCGUCAUCCAAAGGACAUUUGUUUAUCUUAGUGACCCGUCUUGUUUGCAUGAAGAAAACUGCAUGUUUCUACCUCGUGGUAUCAUGGUAUCUGCCAUUGAUGCAUCUGUACAAGUAUUAAUGUAUUCAUACCGACUGGAAAGAAGUGAACAAAUACGGUAUUAUUUAGACAUGGCAUUGACCUUAUUAGGUGUGGACAUCAUCUGGGGUGAUUGGGGAACUGCAGAGUUAUUGAAACGGGCCAUACAAAAGUUUUUGUUCCAAAAUCCGCCUACUGUUGUUGUGCCCGAGAACAUAUUCUCCUCGUCCUUUGAUUGGAUGACAUCGUUGUUACAGCCUCAACAGAAUUACAUGGACAGUCCGUGGUUACCUGCAGACGAGCCUUGGAUACAAGACAUAAAUAAUAUAUUGUUCCCUCCCUCUCCAAUUUCUGCCUCUAGUUGCAUUGGUCCACCCGAUAUACAGGAUGAUAAUACACAAAAUGAUUUAGAUGCCCUGUUUAACAAUCUAUUUUAACGCGGGAUGUUUUCCCCGAUUGAAACAUGAAAUAAAAAAGAUGCAUAAUUUGCACGUAAUUUGACGUAUG